AUGGAUUUCGUGGGGUCACGUGCUAGAGGCUAUCAUCAGGUGAGAAUUGAACCCGAACCGGAUGAACACUUGGGUAUCCGAUAUAAAUCACGAGGAAGCAGACAAUGGCGGGAAAAAAUCAGUGCCCUUGAAGAGUCUCAUAUUGUGAAACCCAUAACAAUGUCCGGAAUCGAAACCCUAGGUAUUCUAGAUGAGAUUCAAGCUCUUGUCUCUGAUCAUCUCCAAGUGGUUUCAUAUAAGUGGCUGAGUCGCAAAUUUUUGGUGUCUUCAAAUACCGCAAAGAGGUUGCUUGAAGAGUUUGUUGAGAAACAUGGAAGUGGGCUGGAAGUAGUAUAUGCUUUAUGUGGCUGGUUGAAAAGCAGUCCUCCAAGUUAUAAAAUAAAGCUUGUUUCUGGGCCUAAACUUGCAGGUUAGAUUUUUGUUUGGAUGUUACUGGGAUCCACUUGGGCUGAGAGAAGUCUGUGUGUGUGUGUGUGAGAGAGAGAGAGAGAUACAGUGGUGCCAAUCCUUGGAACAUAAAUAUUAUACUUGUAUUUUGUAAUACAUAGUUCUUUUUUGAAAUAAGAUUUGUUAACGUUCAGAGGCUAACAUGAAAAAAGUCAAGUACAAUAGCUUUCACUCAAAUUUGUUACUGUAAUGAUGACCAAUAUUAUCAUACUGUAAAAUAGCCUGAAUGGAUCACAGAAAUUCCACUAUGGAUAGGCUUUUUUUCUA